AACAUGAUUGAUAUCCAACCUCGGAUCAAAGUGCAUUUGAACAACUUUCUAAAUGGUUUAGAAGCAAAAGUGCAUAUCCGACCGAUCUAAUUUGUGUUGUUUUACUUAUUUUAAAAACCAUGUAAUAAUAAAAAAAAAUAAUUGUUCGCAAUAACUUCGAAAAAGAUAAAGAUAACGCGGAUAAAAUAGAAAAUAAAAACUGUUUAAUUAAUGUCCUUUAUAACAUAGAGACUAUAAAUAGACAUUGUUGACAACACUGUGUGAGAGAUACAUCAUUUUCAUCCUCAAAACGUACAUGUUAAUUAAUAUCUAAGUGACGCAUACAAAUUCGAGUGACGAAUACUAAUUCGAAAAAAGGAAAACAUGUCAACAAAAACGGUAAUUAUAACGGGAGUUACAGUGUCUAUGCUGUUAAUACUGUUUGUGAAAAUUUACUAUGACUCAACCGACCCCGGCGGAGCUCUGCUUGAAAGAAAUACCGCCGCCGCCGACAGAAUAAAUGCCGUAAAUAAGGGAUUUUUGGAGCAAAGAAAUAAUUUGUCACGGAUUCUAAAUCGGAAACAACAAAGACUUGGGCAAAUGGAAUGUGAGAAAGCUGUUAACCAGGCAACAAGUGAGACUGGUGGGUGGUGCCAAAAAGCAAGUACAGAGGGGAGUGGCCAGCAUAUGACAGACACUAAACUUGCAAGUGCUCUUGCAGAUUUCUUUAAAGGGAAAUAUGUUGGCAGUUUUGGGGAUGGGCCUGGUCGAUAUAAGCAGCUUUUAACAGAUUCUGGAAAACUUAAAGCUUAUGACGCAUAUGACGGUGCCCCAUUUUGUGACGUCACAAGUGAAGGGCGUGUGCAGUUUCUUGAUUUGACUCUCCCACAAUAUGGGUUACCGCUUUAUGAUUGGAUAAUUAGUUUAGAAGUAGCAGAACAUAUUCCAGAACAAUUUGAAAGUACUUUUAUUGACAAUAUUGUUCGACAUGCUCGCGAGGGCGUGGUCUUAAGUUGGGCUAGACCCGGACAGGGUGGGUAUUCUCAUGUUAAUAACCGCCCAUUUGAAUAUGUUAAAGAAUUAAUGGAGCGUUUAGGCUUUUCACAUGACGAUCUGGAGUCUGAAAAACUAAAAAAUAUUGCAAGUUUUCCGUGGUUUAAAUGGAAUACAAAUGUAUACCGCAGGAAAAGAUCAUCACUGUCAGAAGAUUUAAACUACUUCACAUAGCUUAGGUGUUUUAUUAUUAUUAUUAUAUUAAGAACAAUCAACUAAGAUGACGUCAUCGUGACAUAUCAAAAAUAUAAAACAUGUAGUUUAUUCAUGGACUAAUUAUCGAAUAUAACACUUAAGUCUGAAUUAUAUCCGGUGAAAUAUUUAAAAUGGUUAAAAGAAGGAAUUUAGUAUGUAUGCCCCCCCCCCCCCCCAAUAUCCGCCCAAAACUUUGGGGGCGGGGCAUUGCUAUACAUGUGUGUACAAAGUCGCGGUGUCAUAUCAAAAGCUCGAUGAUCAAAAGAUUUAAAAUAGGAGUAAAGAAUUGGUAACAUUAAGUAUGUCUAAGUAUAGGUUAUAGGUUAUAUACAGAGUUUUAAGAAAUUAAUUUUUGAGCGAACAAAGUGAAGCGAGAAAAUUAGUUUUUUAAAACUCUGUAUAUAACCUAUAACCGACUUACAGUUAGCCUAUUCAAAUCGAGUGCAAUAUGUAAAUAGGCGGAGUCCAUUAAAUCGGCUCAUUUAACGUAUAAAUUUAAUACAUACAGUUGAGUUACAGCACUGUAUGGAAAAUACUUCGGCAAAAUUAAAACAAAAUAGAGCGAUUUCAUUGGCAGACAAAAUUUGGCGAACUGUCAACAUGGGAUAGGAGAUUUACAAAGAAAGUUUUAAUUUAUUUACAUGAUAAAUGUUUUGGAAAUCACUGAUCAUUUGUUCUUUAAAGAUCUUGAAUGAUUUUUUUUGAAAGUGUAGAGACAGAACAUCAAAACACUCGGCAGUCUGAUUUAUACUCGGAGGCUUUGCCCCCUCGUAUGUAAUUUAAGAUCAGAAAGAUCACGAAUGAUCUUGAAAUAUAAACACUUUCAUUAAAUCUUUUUUGAAUGAAGUUUAAAAUAUAAUGUCUCAGCAACCGUAUGCGCUAAUUCGUUUCCUUCAAUUUAAUUUACAGUACAAAUUACUAAUUCAUUAACUUUCAGUGGUGCUCGUUUUUGCCAUAGAAUUGUACAAUUUUGCUACAUUUCAACAUUCCAUAUAUAUGCUUUGUAUUUCUAGUAUUACACUUGUGUGUUAAAUAAAUGUUAUUUUGCAUAAGUUCUAUUUUUGGCUUUUUAUAGUUAUGUUUUUCGAGCACUCAAAUAUUACAUAAAAGCAGCCACGCCUAUGCAAUUUUCAAAUAAAAAUACAAGUACAUUGUGAAGUAGCUUCAUUUGCAUUUUCCAAUUUACAAAAGAGAGUAUAUUAAAAGUAAGACUAUAUGUGUAAGACUUUGAUGAUUAAGUAUGACCAUUUUUUUCAUGAAUGAUUAGAUCUUGUUCUUGAACAAUUUAUUAAUAUUCUAUUUUAUUCUAUUUAAAGAUCCCGUAUGCUGUAAAACAGGUUCUUUAUAUGGAUAUGAUUAUUCUUCCAAAUCCAAUAAUCCCAUCCGGUUACGUAGUAGUGUUCGAGCCUACGGUCCCUGGAUUGAAUGGUUGACACUUUAACCACAUGGGACACUUCUCAAAUCGAUAUUUCUUAUUGGAUCACAAAAUAUUGCCACUUCCCUUU